UGUUCCUCUCUCUGCAGCGAUAGAGACGGAGAGCACCAGUUCAGGAGAGGACCUGCUCGUCCCCAGCCCCCCCUCACCUCCAGCUCCACCCCGAAUCUACAAACCCUGCUUCGUGUGUCAGGACAAAUCCUCAGGAUACCACUACGGAGUCAGCGCCUGUGAGGGCUGCAAGGGUUUCUUCAGGAGGAGCAUCCAGAAGAACAUGAUGUACACGUGUCACCGAGACAAAGUCUGCGUCAUAAACAAGGUGACGAGGAACCGCUGUCAGUCCUGUCGCCUGCAGAAAUGCCUGGACGUCGGCAUGUCCAAGGAGUUGGUGCGUAACGACAGAACAAAGAAGAAGAAGGAGGACAAGAGGCCGGUAGAGGUGGAGAUCUACGUCCUGUCAGCAGACACGGAGCAGAUGAUCGAACGAGUCCGCCAAGCCCAUAAGGAAACGUUUCCCUCCCUCGGUCAGCUGGGGAAAUACACGACGAGUAACAGCUCAGAGCACCGCGUCCCUCUGGAUGUGAGUCUCUGGGACAAGUUCAGCGAGCUGUCCACUAAAUGCAUCAUAAAGACGGUGGAGUUCGCCAAGCAGCUGCCGGGCUUCACGACGCUAACCAUCGCCGAUCAGAUCACGCUGCUCAAAGCCGCCUGCCUGGACAUCCUGAUUCUCAGGAUCUGCACGCGCUACACUCCAGACCAGGACACCAUGACGUUCUCUGACGGUCUGACUCUGAACCGCACUCAGAUGCACAACGCCGGAUUCGGUCCUCUGACGGAUCUGGUGUUCUCCUUCGCGAACCAGCUGCUCCCUCUGGAGAUGGAUGACGCAGAGACGGGGUUACUGAGCGCCAUCUGUCUGCUCUGUGGAGACCGACAGGAUCUGGAGGAUUCAGACAAGGUGGAAUUUCUUCAGGAACCGAUUGUUGAAGCUUUGAAGAUGUAUGUGAGGAGGAGGAGGCCAGAGAAGCCCUGCAUGUUCCCUAAGAUCCUGAUGAAGAUAACUGACCUCAGGAGCAUCAGUGUGAAAGGUGCCGAGCGAGUGAUCACCCUGAAGAUGGAGAUCCCCGGCUCCAUGCCUCCGCUCAUCCAGGAGAUGUUGGAGAACUCUGAGGGUCUGGAGGGGCAGGGGGCGGUGGGGGUGAAGGGAGGAGGAAAGAGUAAAGAAGGAGACAAGGAGGAGGAGGAAGAGGAAGCAGAUAUCAGCGGCUGUGAUCCGCCUUCAUCGCCUAAAUCUGUCCCCUCUUCAACCCGGAGCCCCGCGCCGUGCUCCCCGUCCUCUCUCACCGACACCACCUGAAGUCACACCAUCAGCAUGUUUUCUUUACACACACCCCCCCCCCCCCUGUGGCAGGACGUGGUACUGCAAGAACAACCACCAACACUGCUGCAGAUUUAGAGCUGAAAGUGAGACGAUCUGAGACUCUCUGAGGGAGCUGAAACGUCUGCACAGAGCUGAAGAGCUGAAGCAAUGACACUACGCUCUGGGACUGAGUGUGGCUCUAUCAGACAGUGAUGCAAUAACUCAUGAACACAUGAACACAUUAUUAUUAUUAUUAUUAUUAUUUCAUAGAGCCUGGAAGCUUCAUUUUAUGCAGCUCAUGUGGAUCUAAAUGAAGGAAGGUUUCACUUAUGAACUCUAACCAAUCAGGUGUGGAUGAUUUGCUCUUUCACAGAAUUCUCAACUACUGACUGUUCUGUUUAAACGAGGAGGAAGAGGAGGAGGAGGAGGAAGAGGUGAAGGCUGAUGAAUAUCCCUGCAACAUGUCGACUCGACAGAUUAGCUAGGGAUGUAACCGUACGUGAGAAACAGCUCAAAAUCAGUGCAACAUGUGACGGGUUAUUCACAGUAAAAUGAAGCGCAAUACCAACUUUAAACAGCAGAGGGCGAAAAUAAAAGCACAUCACCAAAGACAGGAGGCAAGCUAACCUACAUGUGAGGCAACAAUUCAACAAAAUAAAAGCAUUAAAACAAAGUUUUUUGAGGCAACUUCCUCUUUAAAGCUUGAAUUUAUUUAUCCAGAAAAAAGAAAAAUGAAGCGCAAUACCAGUUUUAAACAGCAGAGGGCGACACCUGCAUUCAACUUCUCUGUGUGACGUCAUGAUGCUCUACAGGUGUGUUAGAUGAACAGAAGCAGAAGCAGGUGAAGAUUUAGCAGCAGAGGAUGCAUCAUCAGUGUUUCCCACAAUCCGAUUAUCUUUGACGAUUAAUGAAGGUUUUUUUAAGCGAUAUAAAAUCGCCGUCCGCUGCCGAUAAUUAAUCGCCGAUCACAAUCUGUCUCUCUCAACAGAACAGACACGAUCUUUGUUUUAGCUGUUUUCGUUAGCUCACGUGACUUCACGAUUCCAGCUGAAGCACCUUCAAAAUAAAAGCACGUCACCAAAGACAGGAAGCAAGCUAACCUAAAUGUGAGGCAACAAUUUAACAAAAUAAAAGCAUUAGAAAUAAGUUUUAAGUUUUUUGGACGUUUUGCCUUUAUUAUAUAGGACAGCUGAAGAGAGACAGGAAGUGU